UCAGUAGCCCCUAGUGCUUCGUUCGAAGAGGGCGUUUCGCUCGCUGCUCUCAGAAACAGCUGCGUCUGUAACAUCGCGAACUCAAACUUUCUUCUGACUGAGUAACAGAGGUCAGCUCGGAUGUGUGUGUUGUGUAUGUCGAAAUAAUUUACAUCCGUACAGAAUGGAUUACUACCGUGUUGAACUUGGGACUUGUUCGUAACCUAGAAGAUUCCCUCGGGUCAACGGCGACUGAUACGGAGCGGCGGCGGCGUCACCACGCUUUACCCCAGUCCACGCCUCGUGGCCGGUACACGCGGACCUGUUGAAAAGUGUUUAAAGUGCCCGCCGACUGCCGCAAGUAAUUAGUGAAAGUGACGGUUCCGUUAGCGCCAUGAAACCCGCGGCGGAGUCGACCUUGAGUGAACUGGGGAACAAUAAUGUGACUCCCCUCAUACCCCGGACAUCAGUGUUGUUAGAGUUCAAAAACAUCAGGUGCACCAUCAACACAUUCUCAUUUAACAAGUUACGAUUGGAACCUAGGAAUAUUUUAGAUGGCGUAGAUGGGUGUUUCAAGCCAGGCGAGCUCACAGCCAUCAUGGGGCCGUCGGGAGCUGGGAAAACUACCCUCCUCAAUAUACUGGCCGGUUACACCACCCGCGGCGCCAAAGGCGAGAUCUCCGUGAACGGCGUGUGCGCGUGCGCAUCCCAGUCGGGCGGGCGCGGCGGCGCGCGCUACAUCCGGCAGCACGACGACCUGCGCGCCUACCUCACGGUCUACGAGGCCAUGGCCCUCGCUGCGGCACUCAAGCUGGCCGACUUCUCGCCGGUCGAGAGGAAGGAGAAAGUAUAUGAAAUUCUUUCAUUACUCGGGCUCAGUGGAGCGGCUCAGACCCUUUGCAGAGACCUCUCUGGGGGGCAGAGAAGACGGCUCGGAGUCGCCUUAGAACUCCUCUCAGACCCAUCUUUACUGUUCCUAGACGAGCCUACUACGGGCUUGGACUCUUCAGCAUCAGCGUCACUCAUCUCACUGCUGAGCAACCUAGCCCGUGGAGGCCGUACACUGAUAGCCACCAUUCACCAGCCUUCAGCGCUGCUGUUUGAGAAGAUAGACUCCUUAUACUGUCUGGUGGACGGCCGGACUCUGUACAAAGGCCCACGGGCUGCGCUACUGCCGGCACUUGCGAGCGCGGGCCUGCAUUGCCCACCUUACCAUAAUCCCGCUGACUUCUUGAUGGAGGUGGCCUCGGGGGAGUAUGACGUGGACCUCGUGAGCACGGCCAAGACGCUGCUGCAGUACAAGCCGGACGCCAACGCGGACGCCGCCGCCAGCUACGUGCCCACGAUACCCGCCUUACCUAGUCCAUUAGAUAUAAGUUCGGAGCUCAGAUUCAAAUCCGUUUUGGGAAGUACCAAACAUCAGCAGAUUCACAAGAAGACGAUGUACAGACAAUCUGGCCUUCUACGCCAAACGUGGAUCUUACUGUACAGGAACUAUUUAAUCACUACUCGGAAUUAUUCUCACUUCAUGCUCCGAGUGGCGUGUCACGUGAUAAUCGCGCUGAUCUUCGGCUACCUAUACCACGGCGUGGGCAGCGAGGCUAGCUCCGUGCUCGGCAACUAUGUAUAUCUGUACGGAUCCAUGCUGCUGGUGGUCUACACUGGAAAGAUGUCCGUGGCGUUAUCAUUUAACCUGGAGAUGAAUAUACUAAAAGGAGAACAUUAUAAUAGGUGGUACAACUUAGGGCCCUAUGUCGUCUCUAUUCUGGCAGUGGAGCUACCAUUUCAGAUGAUCUCUUGCGUGUCAUAUGUGGUGUUAUCGUACUGGCUAACAGACAACCCCUUGGAGCCGACGCGAGCGACGCUGUUCUUGGCUACUAUAGUCACGACCUCCCUUUGCGCACAGUCAUGGGGGUAUUUCAUCGGGUCAACGACCCCUACUAAGAUCGCAGUGUUUAUCGGCCCCAUAUUAGCGUGCCUGUUCUCUGUGUUCGGUUUCUGCUUGUCCCUGGCGGAUACGCCCCUGGGUUUCCGGUGGCUGCACUACAUAUCAUACUUCAGGGCCGGGUUCCAUGUGGCCGUGCAUUCUGUGUACGGCUUCAACAGAACCAACAUAUAUUGUUCUAAAGAAUACUGUCACUACCGAACGCCAAGCAAGUUUCUCAAGGAGAUGGACAUGAGCCACAUCGACGUGACCGACAACAUGACCUUCAUCCUCGGCAUGACGGUCGUCAUGCACACACUCACCUGCAUAGCCUUGUGGUACAGGCUCAACAAGAGGUGAAACAUUUCAACUGGUGCUGAUAAGUAAUUGUGAUUUUGUAAGUCAAUAAAAAUUGCAACAUUGUAAACAAACCAUUCAUGAGAUAUUCAUAUUCUAGUUCUAUUUUAAUGUUUUAGUGGUUAAUUUUUACCGCACAUAUAUUAUAAAUAGAAUUUAAAUUUGAAUAUCUGUCAGUAGAGUAAUAUUCACAAAAAACAUACCUAUUUGCAACAAUAUGCGAUAAAGACAAGGAUGAUUCAAGAAUUGAUUUAAAACCCAUGGAUUUAGCCAGUAUUUGAUGAAAUAUAAUGAAAAUUUAAAUACAAGGUUUGUUUACAUUGUUCAUAAUGCUACUGAUAGUGGCUUUAAGGAGAAUUCUAGUUAUUACAAAUCUCGAAAACUGUCAGUGGCCUGUUUCACCACAGUGUCAAUUUUACUCCCAACACUUAACAGUGGCAUUUCGUACGUUGCUCGGCCUAAAAGAAAAUAUUCACGCUGAGUACAUUCACGGACUUUAAUUGUUGAUCCACCUCCAUUUUAUACUGGAACGUCAUAGCUUAACUACGCUUAACUAUGAGAUGUCCAGUAUAAAAUGAGCUAGAAGCGGAUCAACAAUUAAAAUUAAAGUCCGUCAACGUACAUACUAAUCGUACUUAUUGACCCAGAAAUGGUUAUAAAAUUAUCAUUGUCACAUGUCACACCUGCCAUCUCGAUAUUUUUUCUGAUUUUCGAAAUCAUCAAUCAGAGUCAUUGAAAGAUAGAUAUAUCUUUCAAUGACUCUUAAAACACCUAUGAAUAUGAACGAAAUCUUGUCUGUUCAUAUAGACAACAAAAAAAAUGAAUUUACCCUUGAGGCAAGACUGUUUAUCGUAAAAUUUUCAUAAUCCCGUUUUACUAAUUGAUUGGCUUCGCUUUAAUAUUUUCUAAACGUUAUCCAGUGUAUGUGUAGGUAUAUAUGUAAUAAUCAACUAGAUAAGUAAAUAAAUAUGUCUUUAAAUCUUUUUUGAAGGGAGUCUUCUUAUUUAUGAAGGUUCCUUUACGGUUUCCAAAAAUAUGUUGUUUAAUGAUGGUGAUAUUGAGGACGUUAUGUUGUUGUCACUACAGGCGAAGAGGUUCGUGACAAAACAAAUAUGUGUUUGUAAUACUUAUUAAAAAUUUGCUCAAUCAGCUUGCCUAUUUAGAUCUGAAAUUAAAACCAUGACGUUUUAAAAUCUGUAACUAAUGAUCUGCAAUGUUUUUACUUGUGUAGUUACACUUUACAUGAUCCAUGCUUAGAGUGGUGAUAGGUGCUAGUAUACAUAAGCUUUACACUAUUUAAUGUAUAUUUAUGGUAAUUAGAUUAAUGACAAGUAUUAAUUUAAUCUUUAACAAACAUCCUUAUUGUUAACUUGAUUUCAUUGUGAUUGUUUUACCUAUUACCGUAAUGUUUGUUUAAUGUUUAUGGUACCGAUGAGUGUCGAUAUUUGAAAAUUUGUAAACAGUUUUAAAUCAGCCUGUUUUCUAGGUAUGUUUUUAUCAAUUUACCCAUGCCAUGGGGCGAAAAAUUGCCAAGAUAUCAAGUCAAGAGUUGAGGCUACAUUAUUCUAAUAAUUUUUGAAAUACUUAUAGUUUUACCCAAAAAAUUUUGUUCAAUAUUUUAUUAAUGUUUCUUAAUUAAAUAUCCCGCAUAAAUAUAUUAAAUUUGUACCGCUAAGAAAUACGUUUGUACCUACAUUCAGCCGUAAACCUAAUCAUAUUGUAACUGGGACAAAAAACAUUACAAUACAAAAUUGUACAAAUGUGUCUAUAUUAAAAUAAGAGUAUAAUAAACAGGGCCCGUAACUUUCAUGCCGAUGAGAUCAAUUUGACGUCAAGCUACAUAUAGGUGAUUCAAAUAGUUCUCUUGUAAUAAUUAAUCAUUAUUCAUUAAUAAAUUUAAUCGAUUACAAAUGACUUCAAAAGUAAGCUAUUCAUACGUGGAAUAAUUAAUACCUACUCGAUACGUGAAACGAAAAGGAAACAAUUUAUU